CCCCUCUUCUUGUGCAGCUGAGUCUUCUUGCGUCGCCUGAUCCGCGUGCUGCGUGCUGCUCAGAUUCUCGCUGCCCAGCCGCAGCAGCCGGCAGCCAUGGACGCGGGCACUGGCAAUGCUACCGCCAGCGCCUCCCUCCUAGAAUCCUCCGCCCCGCUCACCCUCCUCAAAUCCCUCGCUCCCACCCUCCUAAUCGCCGCGAUCCUCGCCGUCCUUGUCGCGCGAUGGUUCCGCAGCGGCGGUGGCGGCAAGCAACCCCCCGUCGUGCCGUCCCUCCCGCUGAUCGGCGGGCUGCUAAAAUUCAUGAAGGGCCCGAUCCCGCUGAUCAAGGACGCGUACGCGAAAUACGGCAGCGUGUUCACGGUGAACGUGCUGCACAUGCGCAUGACGUUCCUGAUCGGGCCCGAGGCGACGACGCACUUCUACAAGGCGUCGGAGGACCAGCUGAGUCAGCGCGAGGUGUACAAGUACAACGUGCCCACGUUCGGCCCGGGGGUGGUGUUCGACGUGGACUACCCGAUCCGCAUGGAGCAGUUCCGCUUCUUCGCCGACUCGCUUAAAGUCACGCGCCUGCGCACCUACGUCGAUAUGAUGGUGGAGGAGGCGCAGGACUUCUUCUCGCAAUGGGGCGACUCCGGCGAGGUGGACCUCAAGGACGCCAUGGCGCGCCUCAUCAUCCUCACGGCCAGCCGCUGCCUGCUGGGCCGCGAGGUGCGCGAGGGCAUGGCGGACCGCGUGUCGGAGCUCUUCCACAUCCUCGACCUCGGCAUGCUGCCCAUCAGCGUCCUUUUCCCUUACCUGCCCAUCCCCGCGCACAAGCGGCGCGACGAGGCGCGCAAGGAGCUGGCGGGCAUCUUCGGGCGCAUCGUGCGCGCGCGGAAGGAGUCCGGGCGCGUGGAGAACGACAUGCUGCAGGUGUUCAUCGACAGCCGGUACAAGCUGCUGAACCGCAGCACGACGGAGGAGGAGUGCGCGGGCAUGCUCAUCGCCGCGCUCUUCGGCGGCCAGCACACCUCCUCGCUCACCGCCACCUGGGUCGGCGCCUACCUCCUCACUCGCCGCUCGGACAUUCUCCCUGCUGUCCUCGCAGAGCAGCAGGCGGUGAUGUCGCGGCACGCGGACGCACUCAACUACGACGUGCUGAGCGAGAUGGACUGCCUGCACCGCGUGAUGAAGGAGGUGCUGCGCCUGCACCCGCCGCUCGUCAUGCUGCUGCGGUACGCGCAGCAGCCCUUCACCGUCACCGGCCACGAGGGCAAGACAUACACCGUGCCCAAGGGCUCUGUUGUCGCUGCUGCGCCCGCAUUCAGCAACAGGCUGGGGUACAUUUACAGCAAGCCGGACGAGUUUGACCCCGACCGCUUUGCGGCGGGGCGGGAGGAGGACCGCGCCAUGCCGUUCUCCUUCACCGCCUUCGGGGGCGGGCGGCAUGGGUGCAUGGGAGAGAAUUUCGCAUACAUGCAGGGCAAGACGGUGUGGAGUGUGCUGCUGCGCAACUUUGAGCUCGAGCUGAUAACGCCCUUCCCCCCGGUGGACUGGGACUCCCUCGUCGUCGGGCCCAAGGGGCCGAUUAUGGUGCGCUACAAGCGUCGCACACUCGCCCCUACCGCCCCUGCCGCCCCUGCCGCUGCCGCUGCCCCCGCUACUGCUACAGCUGCUGCUUAGCUCGCCCUGUUGAACCUGAUUUCUCCCCACCUGGCUGACACCUGGCACCUGGCACCUGGCUCCAGUAGCUCCCCCAUGCCCCAGCAUGUCACAAGUUUGGGUAGUUAGAAAUGAGUCCUGUUCAGUGCCCAGCCCUUCUGCUCCUGAAGGGCACAAAAAGCUGUGCAGUAUGAGGUUUGCUUUUUGUCAAUACUAGAGUUGUCCUAUAGCAGAUAUUCAGUAAGCAGCUACUGGCACUAGGUGCACAUAAUGCAUUAACCAAUGCUCAGGUGUAGACAGACUAAAGUUG